GUGAUCCUCGAAUUGCAAGCAUCGCCGGGGGAUGGGGACAGGGGCGUACAGAAGCGGACGUACUGCAAGACCGUAUAACCUUUCACACCUGCCUCGUCCUACUCUUCCAUGCCAUCCCAUCCUCCUUCCCUCGACUCUUCUGACCGCAAAAGCGCUGCCGGCCACCUUCCUUAGACCUCCCUCUGGCACUGGCACCUCCCUCCCUUCUUACACAGACGGGUGCUGGCCAACCCUCUCUCCGCACGAACGCCUGGUCGCAUUAUUCCUCAAUCAUCAAUCCCCCUCAUCCGUUGGGAUCCCCCCCUCCCCUCACUCUACCAGCCUCUGCUGCUCAAGACAGUGCCCACCACACGAUGGAGACUGCCGCGAUACCAGCUGAGCAAGUCUCCCGCCUCAGCUCUCUUCCUGUGCUGAGUCAAGACUCCAUCUUCACGACCCUUCGGGAUCGCUUCUUCUCCACCUUGACCUACACAUCUCUUUCGGACUCGGUCUUGGUCUCGAUCAAUCCCUUCGCCGCCAGCGGAAACCGUAACAGCGAUGACACACUCAGAGAAUACACCAGACAAUACAGGACCACCGACCCCCGCCUGCGAGGACCUCGUCUGCCGCCUCACGUUUUCCAGCUGGCCUGCGAAGCCUACCUUUACAUGCAACGGACAGGACAAGAUCAGAGCAUAUCACUGGCUGGCGAGACCUCGUCUGGCAAGAGUGAGCUGAGACGCCUGACUAUAAGAGCGCUAGUCAGCCUUGCUGCUGCCGCACCGAGGAAGAAAGGAGCCAAGCUUGCCGCACAGAUUCCCUCGGCGGACUUCAUCCUCGAUUGCAUGGGUAAUACCAGGACCGGAGAGAAUAGUCACGCUUCUCGAUUCGGGCGGUAUACGGAGCUACAAUUCAGCGAAGCCGGUAAGCUGGUGGGCUCGAAGACGCUAGACUACUUUCUCGAGCAAAGUCGCUUGGUAGCGGCUUGCGGUGGCGAUGGCACUUUCCACAUCCUGUACGCCAUGGUUGCUGGCGCCUCUGCUGACGAGAAGCAGCACUUAAGACUGGGAGAUGGCUCGGACUUUCGUUAUCUUGGAGGGAGCAGGCAAAGAGGGCAAUCUUCAGAAGACGCCCAGCGCUUUGCACAGCUCAAACAGGCCUUCAAGAAUGUCAGCCUCAGUCAGCGUCAAGUGGCCUCCAUAUGCCAGAUCCUCGCGGCCGUUUUGCAUCUCGGCAACCUCGACUUCCACGCGGACCAUCUUCGCUCUGCAGAGGGCGUCUUUGUGCGCAACAAAGAUACCUUGUCCAUAGUCUCUGAAUUCCUGGGUGUUAGCGACAAGGCUCUUGAAGAGGCUCUGACCUACAAGACAAAGAUGAUACGUGGAGAGGUCUGCACCAUCGUCUUGGACGCAGAAGGAGCGGCCGCACACCGUGACGAGCUAGCAAAGACCCUUUACUCCUUGCUGUUCUCGUGGGUCAAUGAGCAGCUGAAUGCGAGGCUAUGCAGACUCGACUUCGAUGUCUUCAUCGGCAUCCUGGACAUGCCAGGACCGCGCACGUCCAGCCUCUCACAUUCGUUCGACGAUUUCGGCGUCAACUUUGCCAACGAGCGUCUCCAUCGAUACAUGCUCGCAUCUAUCUUCGAGAAGAAGGCAGGAGAGUGCGAUCACGAAGGCAUCAGCCAAUUCUACCCCCAGAUACCCUUCUUUGACAACGCCGAGUGCUUAAGACUGAUCACCAACCAGCCUGGCGGACUUGUACACAUCAUGGACGAUCAAGCUCGUCGCAUGCCUAAAAAGACGAAUCAGAGCAUGACGGAGGCUUUUGCCAGGCGAUGGGGGAGUCAUGCUGACUUCAGCAUCGGUGGCAACAAUCGGAAUGGCUUCCCGACAUUUCAGAUAUCCCACUUCCACGGCCCUGUCACCUACAGCAGCGAAGGCUGGUUGGAGAGGAACUCGGAGACUCUGAGUGCCGAUUUCCUAGCUCUUCUCAAAGGUGAUGCACCGUCGCCUGAGCAAGGCUCAAAGAGUGCAUUCGUACGGUCACUGUUCAAGACCGCAGCUAUCACAACUCAGUCACAUCCACGGAGCGAAAAGACUCCUGUAGCCGCCCAACAGUCUGUCAAACCGAUUCGAGCUCCCUCCACACGAAGGCCGAACCGAGCUGGUACCGUCAAGAGAUCCAACAGUACACGCAUAGGCCUUCCGGGUGUUGCAGACGCUGAUGAAUCUGCAGACGACAAGGAAAGUGAGCAAGGAACUCACAACAAAAAGUCUAUGGUGCCCACAGUCUCCUGCGCAGCGGGUGAACUCCGCUCAGCUCUUGAUACUCUCUUCGAGACACUGGAGGAUACACAAGCCUGGCACGUGCUGUGCCUAAGACCAAAUGACAAUCAACUCCCCAACCAGUUCGAAGGUCGUUUGAUCAAACAACAGCUCAAGAGCCACAACAUCACAGAGAUGGCCCGUAAAGUGGUGCUAGAGUACAGUGUCAGUAUGACUCACGAUGAAUUCUGUGAGCGGUAUGCCCUUGUGCCAUCAUUGACACCUGUCAAGAUGCAAGAGCGCACUUCGGGAGCGGCGAAACAGAAGUUCCACGAUGCCAAAGAGGUCAUGAAUUGGACCGACAAGGAUGCGGUGAGCGGCAGGACAAAGGUCUUCUUGUCACAUGACGCUUUCCGUGAGCUGGAAGAUGAGCUUCGCACCAUGGACGAGGAGGAGCAGCGCUUCAACGCCAGAAGGAACGACAUCGAUGCCGAAGCGGCGACUCGAGGCGACUUGGACCUGUUCUCUCCAUUCGGGUGUGAUGCAUCGCUCUCCAGCAGAGACCGUAUGGGAUCUCAAGACAGCACUGCGCUGCUAUCGUACGGCAACCCUUUCCAUGACUCCAGCUCAGCUCUACCGCUGGUGAGCGGAGGCGAAACGCCAAUGCUGGUUGAGGAUGACAAGAGUGAAUGGAUGGCCCCAUCCUUCCCCACUCGUUCUUUCGAUGGACUCUCAAGACCUGGCUCCGUGGUGGCGUCAGAGGCUUAUGCGCCUUCUCGCAACAUGUUCGGAGGCGCUGUUGGCCACGAUCUGCUAAAUGAGAAGGCGACAGCAAGCGCUGCUUUUGGGGCUCCGUCGCCCGGCCAAACGGCCGAGAAGGUCCGAGAGACAUCGACCCGUAGGUGGUGGGUCAGGCUUACUCAAAUGUUGACAUUCUUUGUUCCAAGCGUCUUGCUUUCGGCUUGGGGCCGCCUCAAGCGGCCCGACAUUCGGAUGGCCUGGCGCGAAAAGCUCGCCAUCAACAUGAUGAUUUGGUUUGUCUGCGGUGCUGCCAUCUUCGUCGUGGCCGUUCUAGGUGAUCUCAUUUGCCCAACAGAACAUGUCUACAGCACUACAGAAGUAGCUGCGCACAGCAGCGACGACAACGCUUUCACGUCGAUACGAGGCGAGGUGUUCGAUCUGACCAGCCUGCUCACGUACCAUAGGGCGGUUGUUUCAGUCGUUGCUGACGAUGUCCUCCUGGACUAUGCUGGACAGGACUCAACUUCGAUCUUCCCAGUUCAAGUCAAUGCUCUGUGCAGUGGAAUCAAUGGAGAUAUCAGUCCCUGGGUUCAGCUAUCCGGCGUCAACCAGACAGACUCCAAUUCUCAAUACCACGACUUCAGGACGUUCCUGCAGGACGAUGUGCGACCUGACUGGUACUACGAGUCCAUGUGGCUCAUGCGCUCGAACUAUCGAGUUGGCUUUGUUGGCUACACGCCCACAGAGAUUUCGAGUCUGCUGGAGGAUGGGAGCAUUGUAGCUGAAAUUGACGGUGGCAUUUACGACGUCACAGACUACGUCAAUCAAGGCAGCAGAGGUGUGCUCCAAGCUCCAGCUGGCGAGCAAGCUCCCGCGGAUACGAACACGGCUUUCAUGUCCCCUGCCAUCAUCGAUCUUUUCACGGCAAGUGCUGGCAAAGAUAUCACCAAGCAGCUCAAUAGCCUUCCGCUCAGUGCAGAAGUCUUGGCAGCGCAGGGGACUUGCUUGCGCAAUCUCUUCUUCAUUGGCAAGAAGGACAGUCGCAACUCGGCGCGAUGUCAAUUCUCUCGUUACAUCCUGCUCGCAAUGUCCAUCUUCAUGGUCUCUAUCAUCGGCUUCAAAUUCCUUGCUGCGCUGCAAUUCUCUCGCACAAGAGUGCCAGAGAGUCACGACCGUUUUGUGAUCUGCCAAGUUCCUUGCUAUACUGAAGGCGAGGAAUCCAUGCGCAAGACUAUUGACUCCCUAGCUGCCCUUAAGUACGACGACAAACGGAAACUUCUCUUCAUCAUUUGCGAUGGCAUGAUCGUAGGCGCAGGUAACGAUCGACCUACUCCGCAGAUCGUACUCGACAUUCUAGGCGUAGACCCAAAUCUCGAUCCUGAGCCGCUGAGUUUCCUUUCCGUGGGAGAAGGCAGCAAGCAGCACAACAUGGCCAAGGUCUAUAGCGGUCUCUACGAGUGUUCAGGUCACGUGGUCCCCUACCUUGUCGUGGUCAAGGUAGGAAAGCCAACAGAGCGUUCUCGACCUGGUAAUAGGGGCAAGCGAGACUCGCAAUUGGUCUUAAUGCGCUUCCUCAAUCGCGUCCACUUUGGUACCCCCAUGAAUCCGAUGGAGCUGGAGAUCAAUCAUCACAUCAAGAACAUCAUAGGAGUCAAUCCCAGCUUUUAUGAGUACGUCCUGCAAGUGGAUGCGGACACAGAAGUGGACCAGUGGUGUCUGGCUCACUUUGUCUCGGCAUUCAUCAACGACAAGAAGAUCAUCGGCCUUUGUGGAGAGACAGCUUUGUCUAACGCAAAGAAGAGCUUCGUCACCAUGCUGCAGGUGUACGAAUACUACAUUUCUCACUACUUGGCAAAGGCUUUCGAGAGUCUCUUUGGAUCGGUGACCUGUCUACCAGGAUGUUUUUCGAUGUUCCGUAUCAGAUCUCCAGACACCCAUCGACCGCUCUUCGUAGCCAAUCGUGUCGUUGACGAGUAUGCGGAGAACCGAGUGGACACUCUUCACACAAAGAAUCUGCUUACCUUGGGCGAGGAUCGAUACCUGACCACGCUGGUAUUGAAACACUUUGGCAACUACAAGACGGUCUUUACUCGGGCUGGCAAAGCUCUCACUGCUGCGCCAGAGGAAUGGUCGGUGCUGCUCUCGCAGAGGCGAAGAUGGAUCAAUUCGACGGUACACAACCUCUUCGAACUGAUGAAGACUCCUGGUCUAUGUGGUGUCUUCCUUUUCUCUAUGCGCUUCAUCGUUUUCAUCGAUCUGCUUUCGACAAUCAUUGCUCCCGUCACGGUGGCAUACCUAGUCUACCUGAUCGUGCUGGUGGCUGCCGAAGGCGAGUCCAUACCAACGCUGUCGCUGGUCAUGCUUGCUGCCAUCUAUGGCCUGCAAGCCAUUAUCUUCAUUCUCAACCGCAAAUUCGAGAUGCUAGGAUGGAUGAUCGUGUACAUCAUAGGUAUUCCGAUCUGGUCCUUCUUCCUGCCCCUGUACUCCUUUUGGCAUAUGGACGACUUCUCCUGGGGAAACACACGUGUCGUCACAGGCGAGUCUGGCGAGAAGGUCGUCGUACACGAUGAAGGCACUUUCGAUCCCUCGGAGAUCCCACUUCAGACUUGGUCAGACUACGAGAAUGAGCUUUGGGAGCGUCAAUCGGGUCACACCAUCGGUGACAUCUUGGCGUCCAAGUCGUCCCGAGGCAGUCUGUAUGGCGGCUCGAGGAUGGGCAAGUCACAGGCAGGAUCCCUAUACGAGGGAAGUAUCGGGGGAGCUGCCCCGAUGAUGCCCCGAUCCGGAAGCUACGCGGCUAGCCUGUCUGGCUCUUACGCCGGAGAUGGGCAAUACACACCUUACCAGCGGCCAUACGCUUCGUCUCAGAGUAUGAUGUUCGACCCUAGACAGAGCACCUACUCCUUCGGCGGCGAGAUGGCUAUGGGGCCCACGCCGAUGAUGGGCUCGGGCCCCUACCAGCGCAUGCCCCUUCAACACCAAGCAAGCAGCUCAGUCGUCUUCCCUUCUACUUCCACUCCUUCUCUUUUCGGUGGAUGGGAGGGCAUGGGCAGACCCGGCCAGACCAAUUCGAUGUACGGCCUGCCUCUGGGUCCACCCACGCCCUCUGACGAGCCUCUGCUUCUGCCGCCUCAGCGUACGAUGAGCGGCGCAGGUCUCUUCGAUGACGGGCUGCCUUCGGAUGAGACGAUCAAGAACGAUCUGCGUCAUCUGAUUGCGGGCGCAGACCUGAACACGGUCACGAAGAAGCAGCUUAGAGGUCAGCUUGCGGCCAAGUACGGCGGUGCUGACCUCACGGACAAGAAGGAUCUGAUCAAUCGGACUAUCGAAGAAAUCUUGAACACGGACAAUUGAACAUAUCUGGACGCGUAGACGAUGAAUGGCCGCAACGAUGCCGGCCAAUGCGACGAUGACGCAUGUUGCUUAGGGACGUUGCUUCCCUUUCUCAAACAAAACAAGUUUCGUCUGGUCCUUUCCCCCUCUGUUGGCCCUUCCGCAAUGUACCCUGCCUUUAAUGAUGAAUCUUCUGUCAUGACCUUGUCCCACCUUUCCAAAAGGCGCAUUGAUCUCAGGAUGCCGAAGUGGCGUUCCGUGCUUGGCUGGGCUUGAGUGGUACACCUUUGUGGUUGACGUGAGCUGAGCCUUGUUCGCCUAUGGCUGGUGGUGCCGAUGAUCGUCCCGCG